AUGGCCACCCCACAACCUGCAUCAACAGAAGCCAUCUCGCGGAACCCGUCAACACUCCUCGGUCAUCCUAUCCUGGAAGGAUGGAUGCUCAAGAAGAAGAGGAAAAAAAUGCAGGGCUUCGCCCGAAGAUACUUCUAUCUGUCCCAGGAACCCGCCGUGCUCUCAUACUCCUUCUCACCCAACUCGCGAAUCAGGGACUCGGUCUUAAUCAAACUGGCCUCGAUCUCCAUCUCAAGGAAAUCAAGAUCGAUCCACAUCGACUCCGGCGGCUCACUCGUCAUGCAUAUCAAAACAUUGUCCGAUCCCGACUUCCUCCGCUGGACUCACACCCUCCAAUCACUCGUCACCAACGGAAACCUCAAAGAAUGUCAGCGGAGACCCCGCCAAAAUCCCAGGGGGGCUGCCUCAAAGGCUUUACCAAGAUACUCCGAAUUCAAUCGCUCUGAUGGCGGCCCCUCUCUCCGAACAGUCGAACUCAGUAACCUAUACCAUUCGGUAGCUCGGAUGCAAGACCCACUGUCCAUGCUUGAUGGGGUUCAAAAUGAACUACACGAGUUGCUCUUCACAUCCCACUCCGACCCGUCCUCAGCACCUCAAUCUAGUACCCCUGCCCGCCCACGCUCGCCACCAACAUCUAUUCCCCAGCCUCCACACAACCCUCCUACGACCUCUCCCAAGCUUCAGUAUUCGACACCCAAGGGGAAGAAACCUCAUCUGUUCAAGCACUACAGUCAUCAUCAGAUCCCGAGCUCAGUAGAUCCCCACAAAGUUUAUCAAACCAUCACCGAGGCCAUCACCCAACUCAAGACCGAGCAUCUCAACCUCAUCGACCUCAUCAACAUCCAUCGCACCUCCAUGGUCUCUGAUCAACCCUCCAAGCUCUCUCAAAACAUCCCAAGGACAAACCCCUCAGUCCACGUCGCCCGCAACCCGCGUCAAUCCACCAAUUCCUUCUCCCACAGCGCCUCCGCCUCUGACUACGUCACGCCCUCCUCUUCCGCCCCCGGCUCCCAGCUCGCCACGCGUCGACGCUCAUCUACAGUGACCAAGACCAACCAGAGAAUGCUCCAUGAAGCCUCAGAGAUCUCUUACGUCGUCACCAAUGCUUCGGACGACGAUGGGGCCGACUCUGAGAACGAUACCGUCUUCCAUGAUGCUGCCGAUGACGAUCUGGUGUUUGUGGACCUCGAUCUGAUCAAUAAUGGACAGGAGACCGAGGUGGAGAUGGCCGGCACGCUGGACUCGAGCAGCGGGAAUGAUUCGGAUAGUGACUGCUCUAGCUCAUCGCCGGAGGAGGAGGAGGAGCAAGCCAAGACUGAGAACAGCCUCCGAUCAAUACUGCAUGAUGUCCCAACCCCUCGCCAGAGCCUCAGCCACCAAGACCCAGCAUCAUCAGCCAAUGAUUCACUCGAGCGGGACGACAGACUAGAUCUGUCUUCUCGAAACUCGUCAGCCAGCUCCCUCUACAUGCCCACCAGUCAAGUCGUCAAACGGAGGACGACUCUACCUAGUCCAGUAUGCGGUGACGAGUUCAGCAUCUUCUCAAUGCUCAAGAAGAAUGUCGGCAAGGAUCUCUCGCAAAUCUCGUUCCCCAUCUCAUUCAACGAGCCGCUCUCAGCAACCCAAAAGAUCUGCGAAGAGUGCGAAUAUGUCGACGAAUUACUCACGAAAGCGGCCAGGAGUGAUGCGGAUCCGGUCGAGCGACUGAUGUACAUUGCCGGCUUCGUCGUCAGCGGUUUCUGCCACACCAAGACACGAGCGAUCCGGAAACCAUUCAAUCCUAUGUUAGGCGAGACCUACGAGUGUAUCCGGCCUGAUAAAGGAAUGAAAUUCUUGUCCGAAAAAGUUGUUCAUCAUCCACCCAUGAUUGCUGCGUAUGCUGAAGGCAAGAAUUGGAAGCUUGAGAUCAACUCCUCGGCCCGCCAGAAGUUCUGGGGCCAGUCAUUGGAGAUCAUUCCUGAAGGGCUUAAUCGGUUGACAAUAUUUAACCCCAAGGGGAAGGAGGAUAGUCCGGAAGUUUAUGAAUGGGAUAAACCGAGCUCGUUUGUUCGAAACCUAGUCUCAGGGACGAAGUAUCUCGAACACAUCGGCAAGAUAACGAUCAGCAAGCAGAACAGCACGGAGAAGGCGACAGUAGAGUUUAAGCCGGGGAGCACGUUUGGAGGGGAAGGUUCGCGAAACAAGGUGGAAGUGAAGGUGUACGACAGCGAGGGACGAGUGGCGAUGUCGGUGAACGGGAAGUGGGACUCGUAUCUGAGCCGGACGGACAGCCAGCAGAAGGUGUUCGAGGCCCAUCCGUUGCCGGCCCGGUCGGCGGAGUUCUACGGGCUGACCCAGUUCGCCAUCGAGCUCAACGAGCUCACCGACGACUUCCUCCUCCAGCCUCCCCCACCCACCGACGCCGACUCGUCGGACGCUCCCAAACAGAACACCCGUCUGCCGCCCUCGGAUUCCAGACUCAGACCCGACCUCCGCCUCUACGAGAACGGCCUCGUCGACCAGGCUGACGCCGUCAAGAAAGCCCUCGAAGAGAAACAGCGCGCCCGCCGCAAACUCGCCGAGCUUGAUGGGCUUCUUCCUGCCUGGUUCGAGCUCGAUGAAGACGGCAAGAACUGGGUCUACAAGGGCGGAUAUUUCGAGAACCGUCAAGGCGAAAACCCUGAAUGGCAAGACUUUGAUUUAUUCUAA